AAGUCAUACAAAAUGCCACUUUUAUGAACGGCUGGAGCUUUCUCACAACUCUAAAGGAAGAAGUGACCGGUUUGGAGGUUCACAGGUUGAAGGAGUUGAAGUAGUCCUCGUUCACAGUCAUGGCAGGUCACCUCCUUACAACGCGAAUGAGGAGUUGGCAUAUGCUAUAACACUAGGGUUCCUCACCUCGUUACCGUGGUUUGUUUUCUCACCUCCCUGUCGUGCGAAUGAGGAAUCACCACACGUUCAUGAGGAGUUGGCAUAG